AUGUGGCGCGCUAGGUGGGAUCCCGGUGUCCUGAAGGCAGAGGCCCUGGCCCUCCUGCCCUGCGGCCUGGGCAUGGCGUUCUCCCAGUCGCACGUGAUAGCCGCUCGGAGACACCAGCACAGCCGGCUCAUCAUUGAAGUGGACGAAUACAGCUCCAACCCCACCCAGGCCUUCACCUUCUACAACAUCAACCAGGGCCGCUUCCAGCCACCGCAUGUGCAGAUGGUGGACCCCGUGCCUCAUGAUGCCCCAAAGCCGCCCGGCUACACCCGCUUCGUCUGUGUGUCUGACACCCACUCGAGGACAGACCCCAUCCAGAUGCCCUACGGCGACGUGCUGAUCCACGCCGGGGACUUCACAGAGCUGGGGCUCCCAAGCGAGGUCAAGAAGUUCAACGAGUGGCUUGGUAGCCUGCCCUACGAGUACAAGAUCGUGAUUGCCGGCAACCAUGAGCUGACCUUUGACCAGGAGUUCAUGGCUGACCUCAUCAAGCAAGACUUUUACUACUUCCCGUCUGUGUCGAAGCUGAAGCCAGAGAACUAUGAGAACGUGCAGUCCCUGCUGACCAACUGUAUCUACCUGCAGGACUCGGAGGUCACUGUGCGGGGCUUCCGGAUCUACGGCUCGCCAUGGCAGCCCUGGUUUUAUGGCUGGGGCUUUAACCUGCCUCGAGGCCAAGCACUGCUAGAGAAAUGGAACCUCAUUCCUGAAGGCGUAGACAUCCUGAUAACCCAUGGACCACCACUGGGCUUCCUGGACUGGGUCCCCAAGAAGAUGCAGCGGGUGGGCUGCGUGGAGCUGCUCAACACGGUGCAGAGGCGCGUCCAGCCGCGGCUGCAUGUCUUUGGCCACAUCCACGAAGGGUACGGUGUCAUGGCAGAUGGGACGACCACCUAUGUGAACGCGUCUGUGUGCACCGUGAACUACCAGCCUGUGAAUCCACCCAUAGUCAUUGACCUCCCCACACCCCGGAACUCCUGA